UUUUCAAAGAAGCCUGCCUAAAGAACAGGCACCCUGUGAAUGGAGUGUGCUUUCAGGACCCUUCAAAGUAUUCAGAUUCACUGUGCAGCUCACUAAGAAGGUUAGCUCUCCAAGGGGUGAUUUACUGAAGACUUGGAGCUUGCUUCAGAGAAUAAAUGCAAAAGGAUCCUAAACUGUUAAUCUUCAAGGUAGCAGCUUAGUCUUCAUCUCAAAUUACAUUAUAAGAAGCACUGACCACUAACUCGGAACAUUUGUGAAAAGCACUGCAGUGCCAGAAAGAGGCACCAAGCAGACAUUCCUAGAGAAACAUGGACGGAGUUGGAAAUCUGACAGUUUCUUCUGCCAGUAAUAACACGUGCAAUGACACAAUUGAUGACUUCCGCAAUCAAGUGUAUUCCACCCUAUAUUCUAUGAUCUCCAUUGUGGGCUUCUUUGGCAAUAGCUUUGUGCUCUAUGUCCUCAUAAAAACAUAUCAUGAGAAGUCAGCUUUCCAAGUAUACAUGAUUAACUUAGCAGUAGCAGAUCUACUGUGCGUGUGUACACUGCCUCUCCGUGUGGUCUAUUAUGUUCACAAAGGCAUUUGGCUCUUUGGUGACUUUUUGUGCCGCCUCAGCACCUAUGCCUUGUAUGUCAACCUCUACUGUAGUAUCUUCUUUAUGACAGCCAUGAGUUUUUUCCGGUGCAUUGCAAUUGUUUUCCCAGUACAGAACAUUAAUUUGGUUACUCAGAAGAAAGCCAGAUUUGUGUGUGCUGGCAUUUGGAUUUUUGUGAUUUUGACCAGUUCUCCAUUUUUAAUGUCCACAUCUUACAAAGAUGAGAAAAACAAUACCAAGUGCUUUGAGCCUCCACAGGAUAAUCAGACUAAACAUCAUGUUUUGAUCUUGCAUUAUGUGUCAUUGUUUGUCGGAUUUAUUAUUCCUUUUGUUAUUAUUAUUGUCUGUUACACAUUGAUCAUUUUAACCUUACUGAAAAAUUCAAUGAAGAAAAAUCUAUCAAGCCGUAAAAAAGCUAUAGGAAUGAUCAUAGUCGUGACAGCUGCCUUUUUGAUCAGCUUCAUGCCAUAUCAUAUUCAACGCACCAUCCACCUUCAUUUUUUACACAAUAAAACUAAACCCUGUGAUUCUGUUCUUAGAAUGCAAAAGUCAGUGGUCAUAACCUUGUCGCUGGCUGCAUCAAAUUGUUGCUUUGACCCUCUCCUAUAUUUCUUUUCAGGGGGGAACUUUAGGAGAAGGUUGUCUACAUUUAGAAAGCAUUCUUUGUCCAGUGUGACUUAUGUACCUAAGAAAAAGGCCUCUUUGCCAGAGAAAGAAGAAGAAAUAUAUAAAGAAUAAUUUAAACCUAUAGCUAAUGCAAAUCAAUGGAAAGAUUUUCCCAAAUAAGUAUUAUCUCAAAUUAUUUACACUAAAAUUAAAAAUUUCCAUUAAUAAUUUACAAAUACUGAACUGAAUGUAUGCCUAUAAAUAUAUCUCAUUUAUGAAUCCACACUAUUAGAAAUUGUAAAGAUAUUUUAAGUGUUAAAAAUUUGGUCUAGAACUAUGAACUAAAUUAUAAAUGUUUUUU